GACCAUGUGUUCUCUUAAGUAGUACGGCAUGGCAGCAGUGCAGACUUAGUAUUUCGCGCUUUAUUUUAGUUUCUAUUUUAUUGUUACGCUCAAAACAACUUCCCUUAACGCGCUCUCCCCUGUAAUAUUUAAAAAUGAAUUUUUUUGUGUGUUUAUGAUUUCUAAUUAUUUUAUAUUGUUAUUUUUUUAUUAAUUUAGUUAAGGUUAAGUUUUUAAACGUAGUAAAAAUAGUGCAUUAAAAAUGGAAAAAAGUGUAAACAUUGAUAUGCUUAUGGAUAAAUUAGGAGAUUUCGGAACCUAUCAAUGUAGACAAUUUUUACUACAUCUACUGUCAGCAUUCACUGCUGGACUACACAUGAUGACUUUAGCUACCGUUGCUGCAGAACCUCAAUAUAUUUGUGCUAAUACGAUACAGCCUGAAUCAAAUAUGACAAAUUGGUUUGCGACACCUGAGAUAUUUAAUGAUUCGUGUAAAGUAAUGAAUGAUUUCAACGAAACUGUGGCUUGUGAAAAAUGGAUAUUUGAUAGAACAUACUACGAAGAUACUAGAACUACAGAGUGGAUGAUGAUUUGCGAUAACCGAUGGAUGGGAUCUCUUGCACGGAUGAGUUAUAUGCUUGGAGUGUUUACCGGUUCAGUUGUACUUGGCAGUCUGGCUGAUAAAUUUGGCCGUAAGACAAUUUUCUGCAUUUCAGCUGUAGCACAACUGAUUCUUGGAAUUGGGGUUGCAUUUCUUCAUGAAUAUUGGAUAUUUAUAGCAACCACAUUUGUGUAUGGGAUUUUUGGUUCGUCUGGAUCUUAUAUAUCAGGAUUUGUUUUGACUACGGAGUUAGUAGGACCCUCAAAGCGUUCUGUUUGUGGGAUUUUAUUCCAAGCGACAUUUGCUCUUGGUAUUAUGGGCGUAUCCGUAUGGGGAUAUUUUAUCAAAGACAUAUUUUUACUUCAAAUUAUAUACGGCUUACAUAGCUUAUUAUUAAUUCCUCAUUACUGGUUAAUCGACGAGUCUCCACGAUGGUUGUGGGGACAAGGAAGAAAAGAAGAAGCAUUUAAUAUAAUACAAAAAGCACUGAAAACUAAUAAUAAGACACUGGCAUUACCGUUAGAAAAAGAACAAGUUGUACUAGACAAGGAUGGCAGCGAAAUAAAAAAUCACCAAGACGUCCAAUCGUUUUCAAUAUUAGAUUUGUUCAAAACUCCAAACCUGAGAAAGAAUACAAUGAACAUUUGCUUAUUUUGGUUUGCUGCUAGUUUUGGGUACUAUGGUAUUUCAUUCCAAACUGGAAAAUUAAAAGGUGAUCCAUAUUUGAUGUUAUUUGUGAUGGCCGGAGUUGAAAUGCCAAGUUAUAUAUUUGUAACAUUAGCAAUGGAUCGUUUAGGAAGACGAUUUCUCAACAGCUCUAUGAUGAUUAUUGGAGGAACCGCUUUAUUAGCUUCUGCUUUCCUUCCUAUGAUAUCAGAAUCAAUAUCUAUUAGUGCUGCGUUUAUUGGAAAGUUUUGCAUUGCCGGAGCAUUUGCUAUCAUAUAUAAUUAUACAGUAGAACUCUAUCCUACUGUGGUUCGAAAUACUGCCAUUGGACUAGGAAGCAUGUUUGCUCGUUUAGCAGGAGGUUUUACUCCUUUGGUUACACUAUUGGAUUCCUUUGAUUCAAAAGCUCCGACAAUAACAUUUGCUUUAGUUACACUUUUAAGUGGUAUUUUGAGUACUCUACUUCCCGAGACACUUGAUACAACAAUGCCCCAAACCAUGGAAGAGGGUGAAGAAUUCGGAAAAGGUGACACAUGUUUCUCAACUGGAUGUUUUGGUCGUUCAAAAAAAUUGUCGAAAGAAAAAGAUAUACCACUAGAAAGUUACAAGUCAUAAAAUAAAACCGCUUUGUAAUCAUUUAUUUUAA